GUCCGUCAAGUGCUAUAUAGUAGUAAUAGGAGUAGAUUGAAUCGCUAUAGAAUUUAUUUUCCUGAUAUAGAAGCUGUGCCUUUUAAGAUGGGAGACGGGUACUUUAUGGUCGCUGCAAUCGACUUCGGAACUACUUUCUCUGGCUAUGCAUUCUCAACAUCUGCGGAGUUCAAAAAAGAUCCACUAAAGAUUCACGCUAAUCAAGCUUGGGUAUCCGGACAGAGGUACCUCUUGUCUUUAAAGACACCGACAAGUCUGCUGUUGGAUAAAGAAGGGAAAUUUGUGUCAUUUGGGUUUGAUGCUGAAAACCGAUUUUCGGAUAUCGUUCUUGACGAGAAGGAAGAUGAAUUCAUGUUCUUCAACAGAUUCAAAAUGAAGCUUCACAAAAAUAGGGAACUGUCUCGAGAGAUGAUGCUCGAAGACGUUUCAAAAAAGAAAUUCCCAGCAAUAAACGUUUUUUCGAUGUCCAUUGAGGCCCUUAAAGACCACUUGAUGGACACAUUGAAAACACAAGGUUUAACCCUCGAACCAAACGAAAUACGAUGGGUUCUGACUGUGCCUGCAAUAUGGUCGGAUCCGGCCAAACAAUUUAUGAGAGAAGCAGCGAAAAUGGCUGGUUUGCCAGAUAGGAUGUUACGUAUUGCUUUGGAGCCGGAGGCAGCCUCUCUUUUUUGUCAACAUCUGCCUGUGGAGAGGCUUGCAGGAGCCUCAAAAGGGUUUGGGGUCUCCCAGGAAGGCGCCAAAUACAUAGUCAUCGAUCUAGGAGGUGGAACUGCUGAUAUCACAGUGCACGAAAAGUUAAAAGACAACAAACUAAAGGAACUUUUCAAGGCAAGUGGCGGUGCCUGUGGUGGAACAGCAGUAGAUUCCCAAUUCUUCCAGACGAUGACAAGAAUAUUUGGUGGCGAACUCAUGCACUGUCUACAGAGUGAGAAGCUCUAUGCAUACUUGGAUUUAAUGAGAGAAUUUGAAACAGUAAAGCGUGUAGUGAAACCCGAAGAUCCGGACGACAAGAAAGUUAAUAUCACCAUUCCGUAUGUGACUAUAAAUGAUUUAUGUAAAAACAUACUUGAAGAAGAUGUGAAAGAUGUAUUGAAACAAUCAACACUUAAAGACGAUAUAUCAUCCAUGGGUGACAAAUUUCGCAUAAGAGUAUCCUAUAUGAAAUCAAUGUUUCAGAAAACAAUUGAUGAAAUUGUACAACACAUUAAAUGCAUCUUAGAAAAACCAGAAGCCAAGGAUGUGUCAAGACUUCUUUUAGUGGGAGGAUUUUCUGAAUCCCAGCUCAUACAAAAUGCUGUAAAGAAAGCUUUCCCCAAAAUGCACAUCAUCAUCCCAGAAGACGCUGGCUUGGCAGUUUUGAAAGGAGCUGUAAUAUUUGGACAUCAACCAGACUCUAUUUCAUCCAGAAUCAUGAGAUACUCCUAUGGUGUCCGAAUCACGCCGGAUUUCGAGGUUUCAAAACACAGAAAUGACAAGAAAUUUAAGGUAAAUGGUGUCGCACAUUGUGCAGACAUCUUUUCGCCUUUCUUGAAAGCUGGAACAGAAGUCCCAGUUAACCACAAAGUGGUGGAUGCCUACACAAGUACCAGACCGUUUCAGGACUCAAUGCCAGUAGUGAUAUACUAUUCCGAACAAGAGUCGCCCGAGUAUGUCACUGAUGAAGGUUGUAAGAAGCUUGGUGUCCUGGAUGUUAAAAUCCCAAAUCCAUCUGCAGAAGACCACCAUUUGGCGGUUCAGUACCAGUUUGGGGACACAGAACUUCACAUGCUUGCAGUGGAAGUUCAAUCAAAAACGCCCUGUUCUGCCAAAUUUAAUCUUAUAUGACUGCUUUUCAAACCUUACCGUCCAUCAAUCUAAUUUUUUGCAUUUUACACAAAAUAAUUAUUCUGUCUGCAUGAAAUAUGUAGAUGACGAACAUUAUCCAAACUCAAAGUGCAUUUAAAGAAUACAAAUCUGGAGCAAAGCCAAGUUUACAUAAUUAACACAAAUAAAUGAUAUAUCUUCAUUGUAAAAAUAUAGACCCAUAAUGAGCACGUCUUAGAUAAGGCACACUUACGUAAACAUGAGUUGAUAAAAUUAUACACAACUCAAACGUAUUUUGCAAUCAAAACUAUUAUGAUGUACACUUUACAUAUGUGAAAUAUUUAAAAACGUGCUCCUAUACAUAGAAAAUCAGGUUUAACAAACCAUGUUUAUAACUGUCAAGACGGUAACUGGGAGUGUUUUAGAACAAAUGAAAGACAUUGAAAAUAUAUAAUAAGU